AUGACACGAUCAUCUGAACAUAUUCAACAACAAUUAUUCGAUGCAAUAACUGUUAUUGGUAAAUGUGAUUUUCCUGAUCAAUGGCCAACAUUUCUCGAUACAAUGGUUAGACAAUUUCAACAAUUAUCAACACAAAAUUCAUUUCAAUCAAUAAAUGGUGUUUUAAAAACAGUACAUUUACUUUUUGAACGAUAUAGAUAUGAACAAAAAUUGGAUGAAUUAUGGUUAGAAAUUAAAUUAGUUCUUGAAAAAUUUGCACCUGCGUUUACAGAAUUAUUUAAAGUUAUUGAAAUGAAAAAUAUAUUUGAUUUAUUAUAUGUUUGUAUCAAAAUCUUUUAUGAUCUUAAUGCUCAAGAAUUAGCAGAGCAUUUUGAAGAUAAUUUAACACUUUAUAUGACACUUCUUUCAUAUGCUAACCAAAAACUUCAUCUAAUUUUAAAUAUGAGUGGUAGAGCACAAUUACAUUUAAAGAACAGUAGUACCAACGAAGAAGAAUUAUUUGUCUCGAAAAUUUGCAAUGAAAUUCGAUGGUUUGUUACAGGUCCUACUUUAUGCGAAACAAUGAAUUUAGGACAUGCCAGAUACUACGUAUCGAUUGAUAUUAUACGUCGAAUAUUAAUGUAUUAUUUUGCCUAUGAGGUUGUUUUAUGUAUGAACAUGGUGGACAUGAACGAUAAAAUUAUUGAAUAUGUACGUAAUGUCAGUCUUGUUACCUGUCAUGGUGAAAUUGGUUCAAUUGAAACACCACAAAUGAUUACAUAUUGUCGAAAUGGAAUUAAACAAUUAGAAGAUGUUCGUUCACGUGAACCAGAUCCAGAUAAACGAUCAUUCUAUAAAAAACAAAUUCGAGCAGCAAAAAAACUUUUAAAAGAAGCAGAUCGUUAUAUUUUAUCGGAUAAUGAAACUGAACCAAAUAAAUCAAGUAUUAAUGAUUCUGAUCGAUUAUCAUUUUUUUCUAAACUUAUCUUUAUCUGUACAUCAAAUCUUCUUGAUAAUACGUUUUUUCGUGAACAAAUUCGUAAUUUUGAUGAACAAUUUGAAUUAUACAUGAAAUUAUUAAAUGUUUUACCACCAAAUAUGGCAACACGGACCAGCGAUUAUAUAUCUGAAAUGAUCAAGCUUAUCGAAAAAAUUAUUGAUAAUGGUUGCGCAUACGAAUGUAAUUCAACGAUUUAUCUUGAUACAUCAAAGUUUCGUAUACGACGUGGAUUUUCAAAUUUAGAAUCUCGUCAAAACGAUAUUAUUGAUGAAUUAACUAAACGAGCAAAUGAAUACACAUCACCAACAAAUACAAUGAUAAACACGAAAAACUCGUCUGAUUUUAUCUUAUGGAAUAAUAGCCAGUUUAUUGAACCUGCUUGGAAGUCAAGUUGGGGGUUUGGAAGUCCUGCAUGGCUUGUUCAAUCUGCUGCUAUGGCGUAUUCUGUUUUAAGCUGUCCUUUUGACAUUUAUACAGCUCCGCUCAUUCCUAAAUCUUCUGAUGAUAUAAAUGAAAUUACAUUAUUUCAAGCUGUUAAUAAUAAUGAUUCUUGUAUUGGUUAUUAUUUGUAUGUUGCUAACAUAACAUUAAGUGAAGAUAAAACAUCAUCAUCUAAAAACAUUAUGAAUUUAAGUGAAGUACUGUUAGAAUAUAAUAAUGAUGAUAUUCGAUUUUUAUUCUUAUUAAAUAAUUAUGAUGAAACAAUACAGGGUGGCGCAAAAGUCACUUUACCCAAAAAAAAAUUAAAUAUCUCCAUUACGGGUUGA